UCACACCUACACAGUGUGCGCGGUGCGCCAAAGUCAACCAUUGGGUGAUCGAGUAAAAAGCUUUCAUGCGUUUGAGCUCUCUCAACAACUUUCAGAUUUCCAGAUUAAAUUUAAAAUCCGCAAUGAGUAGCAGCAGUGGGAAGAAACUCAUUCAAAUUGAUGUCACCGCCGACACAGUUUGCCCGUGGUGCUUCGUCGGUAAAAAGAAUCUCGACAAAGCCAUAGCUCAAUCCGACACUAAAUACGAUUUCCAGAUCAAAUGGCAUCCGUAUAUGCUAAACCCUACCGCGCCAAAGGAAGGCGUGGUUAAGAAGGACUAUUACCUUAAUAGGUUCGGGCCUCGAUCGAUUCAAAUGGAAGCUCGAAUGACCGAGAUGUUUAAGGGUCUUGGCAUGGAUUACGACACUUCCGGGCUUACUGGAAAUACUCUGGAUAGCCAUCGGCUGAUAUAUUUUGCCGGGACGCAAGGGCUCGAUAAGCAGCAUAAGCUUGCUGAAGAGCUUUGCCUCGGCUACUUCACUCAGGGGAAGUAUAUAGGUGACAGGGUAUUUCUGGUAGAAGCUGCCAAAAAGGUCGGAGUAGAAGGAGCAGCUGAGUUUCUUGAAAAUCCCAACAACGGGUUGAAGGAGGUUAACGAGGAUCUGAAAAAACAUUCGGCACAAAUUAGUGGAGUCCCGCAUUAUGUGAUAAACGGGAAGUAUCAGCUGAGCGGUGGUCAACCACCUGAGAACUUCCUAAAAACUUUUAAAGCUGCCGCGAGUGAUUAGUACCUAAGAUUCUCCGAGAAAAAAAGAUCGAUUCCUUUUCUUGCUGUAAUAAUAUUGUGUUUGACUGGUUUGAAAUUCUCUGUGUGUGGUCUUUAUUCAUAUGUUCAUGAAUUUCUCAUUAAUAGCAAACAAAUAAAACAUGGUGAUCAAUGUAUGUAUUUGCUGCUACAAUAUAUGUAUACCUAAUUACAAUCUUGUACUGCUGUUGUUGUUUCGAU